AUGUUUUUCACUCUAGCACACUUAUCCCUCGCUUUAUCCCUUCUUCUCCACCAUGUCUCCGGUGAACCAGGUGUAACGACUCGGUACUGGGACUGUUGCAAACCGUCGUGCGCUUGGCCCAAGAAAGCACAAGUGUCGGAGCCCGUUCGUACCUGUAACAAACAAGACCUGUGGCCGACUCCUCUAGAUGCAAAUGCGGCUUCUGCAUGUGGAAAUGGCGAAGCCUACACGUGCAGCAAUAACGGGCCAUGGGCUGUGAAUGAUAAUUUGGCUUACGGGUUUGCGGCGGCCAAUCUGAAGGGAAGGAAUGAGGGGAACUGGUGCUGUGCUUGCUACGAACUUACGUUCACCUCGGGUCCCGUCAAUGGAAAGAAAAUGGUAGUGCAGGUAACCAACACGGGCAGCGACUUGAAGGAGAACCAAUUCGAUCUUGCCAUUCCCGGCAGUGGAGUAGGCAUCUUCCCUGAAGGCUGCGCGAAACAAUUCAACGGCGCCUGGAUGGGCAAUCAAUUCGGGGGUUAUUGGGAGAGAAACCACUGCAAUAAUCUCCCUGCAGGAGCUUUCCGCGACGGCUGCUUCUGGAGGUUUGACUGGUUCAAGAAUGCGGAUAAUCCCAGUGUAGAUUUCAGAGAGGUUAGCUGCCCGCAGGCGAUGAUUGAUAGGACUCAUUGUGGAAGGUGGAGCUAG